AUGUCCCUCAUAACACCAAGCUCGCGUUCCAGAGGUGGCGGCGGUAAAGCUGGCGCCAGAAAACACGAGAAUAACAGAAUCUAUGCUAACCCGCUACCUCUUUUGUUCGUUGAGCCUCCUCCCAGUCGGAUAGGCUCUGUACUCGGUUUGCUUGGUCUCUCGCUCACUCGUGUCGAGAAUCCGCACUGCGAAGGCAUUUUUGACCCUAUAACUCGUUCCGUCUGGGUUUCCAACUCAGCCCAUUCAAUGAUUCUAUGGAGGAGGGGUUUCUUUGGCAAAGGUGAUUUGUCGCGCAGUGAACCCAGCUGGCUCGCAAGACAAAUUAACAUAAGAAAGUCGGGAGGAAAGCAAUUGACUUCGGAAGAAAUCACAGCUCGGCGCAGAGCAGAGCGCAAACAAUUCAAACGCGACAGAGCAGCCGCCAUUGCAGCCGUUGCGGAAGAAGCAGAGGCUAUCUUCGCAUCUGAAGGUCGCGUUAUCGCGCCUGCUCUUUCUGGUCCUGCAAUUCCUUCAGCUGCGACAUGGAGACCGACUUCACAACCUCAACCUGAAGAAUCCCCUUCACCAGCAGAAGGCGAAACCGAAAUUCUUGAGGAUGAGGCACCGUUGGUUGAUGUAGAACACCUGCAGUUAACGCUGCAGGAAGCUUUCUUUUUGCUUUGGAAUCUUGAUUGCUUGACGGUCUUCGACCCUACCACGAUGGAACCUAUGACCUUACAACAAAUAUGGAUAGCGUUUCAAAAGGCUGAACUUCCACUGUUCACCUCCUCUCCAUCUACUGUCGUAGAGUCGCUUGAAUUCGACAAUCCCUUCCUCAUUAACUAUGCGGUGUAUCAUCACUACCGCUCUCUGGGAUGGGUCGUGAAAGGCGGAAUCAAAUUUUGUGUCGACUACCUUUUAUACAAGCGAGGACCUGUGUUUGCACACGCUGAACUUGCCCUCGUUGUUAUGCCUGUCUACGAAGACAUCGAAGACCAAAAAACGUCCUCCAUUGACCUGCACAAUUCAUCUCCCUUCGCAUGGUCCUGGCUGAGCACAAUAAAUCGUGUGAAUUCUCAAGUCCAAAAGACACUUAUACUGGUUUAUGUUACCAUACCAGCCAAAACACGGGUUUCACAAAGCGUGCUUCUGACUCCUGCUUGCCUUGCUCAUUAUUCUGUUCGAGAGGUCGUUCUUCGGCGGUUCAUUCCAGCUCGAAUGCGAGAUUAA